AUGUGGCGGGAUCGCACGAAUCUUUAUAUCUCCUACCGUCAAUCGUUUGCGCAUCACCCAGCCAAGAAGCCACGUUAUAUCGGCCCGUCGAACGGCUUCACCGAUACAUCAUCACAACCAGAAGAAAGCCGCCGACUCAUCUCCGAGACCGGGGGACUAGAAGACGAUGGCGAUGCGAUUAUCGAAAUGGACUUGUUGCCCCCGCGCUGGGUGGAUGUGCAAGACGAGGUAACGGAGCUGCUUGCAGACAUCGCACAGAAAUCAGCACAAUUGGACAAGCUGCAUCAGAAGCAUCUGUUACCUGGCUUUGGCGACGAGGAUGUGAGGAAGCAGGAGGAGCAUGUCAUUGAGCGACUCACACAAGACAUCACGCGCGGGUUCCAUGAGUGUCAGAAGGCUGUCCAGAGGAUCGAGGUGAUGGUGCACGACGCCAAACAGCAGGGUGGAGUGAGCGCGGGUGACGAGACCAUGGCCAAGAACAUUCAGAUAUCACUAGCUUCCCGGGUGCAAGAGGCCAGUGCUCGGUUUCGCAAGAAACAGAGUACUUAUCUUAAAAAACUACGAGGACUCGAGGGUGUAGCAGCGCCAUUUGAACGCGCCCCUACACCGCAAAAUCCUUACAUGGAUCCUUCCUUGAUGGAGUCCGACGCAGACAAGUCUUUUUCACAAUCAACGCUCAUGCGAACAUCACAGCGGCUUGCUGGUCAGCACGACGAAGCCAUAGAGCACCGCGAGCGGGAAAUCAACGAUAUCGCCAAGAGUAUCAUCGAACUGUCAGACAUUUUUCGAGAAUUACAAGCCAUGGUCAUCGAUCAAGGAACUAUGCUGGAUCGGAUAGACUAUAACAUUGAACGGAUGGGAACAGAGGUCAAGGCCGCUGAUAAGGAGUUGAAAGUGGCUACCAACUACCAACGACGGACAACCAAACGCAAAGUCCUUCUUCUACUGGUCAUCCUAAUCGCAGGCAUGAUCAUCAUAUUACUCGUGAAACCAAAGCGGCACAGUUCUCCAGCACCCGCUCCUCCCACCCCUCCACCAGUUGAACAGCCACCAAGUGUCUUCGCCCGAAUGCCCACGUCUAUUUACCGCCGUAAAAGGCCUCCGUUCUCAAUCCCGUCUACAGUAGACAAGUUUUUUGAACCGGAUAUACAUCGAUAG